UAAAGAUCAUGGUAUCAGUAAUAGCUAGAGCAAUUUUUGACUCGUGGCAGUGUGCUAACUUCAGCCGCAGGCGUCGUGAGAGUUCCUCGAGGAUGGAGUGAGGAGGGCAGGGCUUAACAAAGGUCGAGAUUCAGAGUUGCAGAGGAAUUGAAAGGUGAAUUCGGAGAUGUCGACCUCCCCGUCGCCACCCGCUAGGGCACGCGCCACCAGCGAUACCCACCGUGGGCACGGCAAACGAGAUUCUUCCACUUUGGUUUCGAGGCGCAGGCGACGUGAUUCUAGCAGUAAGCACCGUGAUCACUACCACGAGCGAAGCAAACGCCUCACUUCUAGCUCUGAUUCUGCUUCGUCGUCUACCUCCUCGUCGUCCUCGUCCGAUGAAGGGAGCAGCGACUCGGGUAGCUCCCAGAGCAGUAGCAGCAGCGAUGGGCAUCGCCGGAAACGUUCUCGCUCCCGCAAGCGCAAGCAUCAUUCUCAGCAUAGGGAUGUGGAGAGCUCUAGCGACUCUGACUCGGAUGGCCCAGAACGGUCCAGGAAACACCGGCGGAGAGAUUCUUCGAAAAAGGUGAAGGAUGUGAAGCGGAAAGAGAGCUCGAAGCAUAAAACCAAAAAGCACAGACGAAAAGAGAAGUCGAAUAGAAAAGAUGGUUCUGGACCUGUUCAGCUCUCGAAGUUUCUUGGACGAGAUAAGGAUAAUGGUGUUCGCAGGAGUGUAGUCUCUGGCAAAAAGUGUGUGGGUAUGGCAGAUUCAAAUGAAGGUGGAGAAGACCAAAGAGGACAAAGUGGCCGAGACGAAUCGCAUGGAGUAUCUGAAAUUUCUGAACUCCAGUUACGACUGAACCAUCAUGCAUUUAUUUCAGGGUUUGAGGGCGUUGAGCCCGAGUUUACGUAUGCGUGGAGAUGCUUACUAAUAGCACGCAACUGUGUUGCGACUAGGUUUUGUUUCCUGUCUCUAGACUCUCAUCCUAUGUUUGUCGUAAGGUUCCUAUUUCAAACCAAAACAAUGUCGCUUUGGGCUAAUCUUCUGAGAGCCCCUAUCCUCACCUCGCUGGUACUGGGCGUCAUUUAUCGUCUUCAUCUAUAUAUAUAUGUAGCGAAGUCACUCUUGAAUUUAACGAGUUUUACAGCAGUUUGGCUUACUGCUUUCUUGACUGGCCAAAUGUGGCGUUGUGUUGGAAAAAUAAUGUGUACCUGUUUUCUCACAAAUAGUAUUGUCAGGUUGCCGAUUCUCAUAGGAAGUUGGCAGUUAUCAUGCACGUCCUUCUUGAGAAUACGAAUACGUUCCACCAUCUUUUGCGAUUGUGUUGAAAUGAAGGUGAAGUAGACAGUAAGUCUUGUGGCUGCAGUGGUACAUUUGUGUACAUGGUUCUUCUUGUUCACCAAUUAACUCUGGUAUCAGUUGCAUCUCCAGCUCACACGACCUACUGACAUUUCGUAUAGUUAAACUGAUGCAAGCCAUGGUCCAACCACGACCUACUGACAUUUGUAAUGAAAAUUGUUUAGGAUCUACUGAUUUGUACUCGAGUACUCGCAUACCAGAGCAUUAUCAACAGCCCGAAGGCAAUCGUUGGUAUUCAAGAGAAGCAGAAUCACACGAGGAAGUCGCCUCAGCAACUCCGCUACUUCACGCAAUGAAGCUGCGGCGUAAUCCUGAAUCUCGUCCACAUCCUCCUGCUCAAUCGAAAAUUGGAGGUGAUCGUGGGAUUUGUCUACCACUUUUCGCCAAGGACGCAUCGUCAUAACUGAUGCAAACAAUGUGUAAUCUUCUCCGGCUCCCAGUUUCAGGCUGUAAGACUCGAUCCCAUCCACGUUGGCGAAAACUAAAGACUGCAAAGAUCAUACCACAUCACGCGUAAAAGCAAACCAAGUGUGGUUUUUUUUUAUUUUUAAAAAGGACUUUUAAUUGUUGUGUCCAUUGAUCCCAAUCUCAAAUUUCAGACGAAGUGGCAGGAGAUGACCUUCCAUAAACCUGCAUAAUUGGCACGAAGCUCA